GGGGGUAAGGAUGGGCCGGUGGAGCUUCACGCUGGGGUCGGGAGGCUGCCUUCCUGCCGGCCAGGCUUCGGUUCCGCUCCGGACCCUGUCAGCGGGGGUUUCCCUUCCCGGAAGCACAGCUGUCGCUCGGGGCGCUGGGGCGAAACCUCAGGGGGGCUGCCUUGGGCCUCACGCCGACCUCCCCGCCUGAAAGACCCUAAGAUGCCCCAUCGUCGCGGGGGAGCGUCUGAAGAGAGAAAGAGCCCAGCUUGUGUUUGUUUACAGAUUUGGUCCUCUCGAGUCUCGCGGGUGGAAGGGACCUUACAGGGUGCAUCUCCAGACCUGGCUCUUUGGGGACAGGAGCCCAGUACCUCACAGAGCAGCCUGUGUCCAUUUGGGGGCGCACCGAGAUCUUCCUCAUGCCACUUUCAUCGUCUGGUUUUACUCAGAACGACGCUACACCAUUACCCGUAUGCGAAAAUAGCAGUUAUUUAGCAGUCCUCGCCCUUCCUUCUGCGCGCGCACUGUCCCGUUCCUGCCCCUGGCCCUUACAUGGCCUCGGGACUAAGGCUCGUCUUUCUCGUAAUCCUCUGGGUCCACUCCUGUUUCUAGGGGUAUGCCAUAGUUGCCUUCCCUACGUACAUUUGUAGCAACACAAUUCUCAGGUCUGACAGGCCCGAAUUCUAAUCCACAUCUCUGCCAACUAAGUAUGUGACCUUGGCAAGCCCCUUCUCUGAACCCGUUACCUCAUCUGAAAAUGGGGAUAAUCGCAUGUACCUCCAGGUGGGUGUGAGGAUGAAGGGAGGUGAAGUAUGCAAAAUGUUUAGCCUGCCAUCUGGCUCGUAGUAAGCACUCCACUGAUAUCGAUUACUUUUUGAACAGACACCUCCCAAAAGAAGCACAGUUUUCUUAGACUCAAAUGCAAAAUAUAACAAUAGCAAUAAAGCAUUUUUAUCUUAUAUAAGGAAAGAUUUAUUUAAAUGAUGUUAACGCUGAGGGAUGGUCAGUGAAGAGGAUACCCGUGGUCAAACGAUGGUAUAAUUUGAUAAAAUCAUUUUGGAAAGCAAUGGGAAUGUAUGCUUCAGAAACGUCUGUUACUUCAUCUUACAAAUGCACAUAUGAAAGUUUUCCCUGGGAAAUAAUUCAUAUGCAGGAAAUAUGCAGAAAGAUGGUAAUAAUAGCAUUAUUUAUAAUAAAGAAAAUUUUAAACUUUUUAUUGCAGAAAUUUGAACACACAGAAGUAGAAUAGGUAAAUGAGCCCUCACAUACCCAUCCCUCAGCUUCAGAAAUUAUCAGUAAUUUGCCUAUUUUGUUUCUGUGAAAAAUUUCAAACCUACGAAGUGUCUAAAAAUGGGGACCGAUUUAAUAAACUAGGGUACAUUUAUUUAGAAUGCUAUGAAGCCUUGAUGAUGCUGUGAUACAGAAUUGUAUAUAUGGUAUUAUCACAACUAUGAAAAUGUAGAAGCAAACUAACAUCCAAUUAUAAGUAGAAAAAAGAAAGUACUACAGAAUAUUCACUAGUUGUCCUUUGGUGGUGGGACUGUGGAUAUCUCCACUUUUUAAAAUAAAAUACUAAAAAUCAUGCAUUAUUGUUACAACAGAGAAACAACAAACAAAAUCUAAAAGUAUAGCACUUGAACUAAGCAAAUAGUUACAGAGAGUAAAGAUGUUUUCACUUCCUUUGAUCUAUUUUUGCAGGCUAGGUUUAUCUAAACAUCAAUCGCAGAUGCAUUUCAGUUCAGUUUUGGCACUCACUGCAGUAUCAGUUCUUCUGACCCUAACCACGUGGAGUUAGGUCAGAUUUCACAGGUUAAGGGAACAGUCCUCCAGACUGCCAAGUCAGCCCAAGACUUCAGGUACCAGCCACAAGUUCAGGGGUUUCCAGGCCACCUGAACUUCUGACCAACUGACUACAAAUUCUUCGGUUCCCACUACCCUCUCAGAUUUCAUAAUUACGGUCAGCUAACAUCUCCAAAUCUUUAACCAGCUGCCCUCUAUAUGUAAAUGAUUUAACUUUGUGAAUGUUCCCCUCAGGUUAGAGCAAGAUUUCCUGUGAUGGGAUAAAUCUUUUUCCCAGUCCUUCUUUUCUACCUGCCUUGAUAGCCGGGACCCAGUUCAUACCUCACGUUUAUUCCGUCUUUCUAAAACUGCCAUUUCUAAGAAUACAAGUAAGAUAAUUUUCUCUCACCACACAAUUUUUCUUGCUCAAAUAGUUUGUAAUGAGUUCUGGUGAAAAAACUCCUCUGCUCCUGAUUUACAAACUUGUGCUGCUUUUCAGACUGAUGUAGUGCAUUUAAAAAGUUAAAGGAAUGCUUAUCUUCCAAGGAAAUACAUAAAUGAGUUUUGUUUCAAAUCAGUUGUGAAGAAACUUGUUUCCUAGGUAUGCAAAGAAGCCUUUUCACACAGAUGUCCAUAGAGAUAAUAUGGAUCAGUCCGGAGUUCUCCUCUGGGUGAAAGCAGAACCCUUUAUAGUGGGCGCCUUGCAGACACCCCCGCCGUCCAAGUUCAGCCUUCAUUAUCUCAGGAAGAUAUCCGCCUAUGUGCGAACCCGGGCCACAGAGGGAGCUUACCCACGCCUCUACUGGUCUACAUGGAGGCACAUUGCAUGUGGGAAGCUGCAGUUGGCUAAGGAACUGGCGUGGCUUUACUUUGAAGUGUUUGAUAGUCUUGUGGUGAGGACACCGGAGGAGCGCCUGGAGUGGUCUGAGGUUAUAUCCAACUGCACGUCUGAGGAUGAAGUUGAAAAGCAGAGAAAUCAGCUUUCCGUGGACACCCUGCAGUUUUUGCUCUUCUUAUACACGCAGCAGUUAAACAAGGUCUCGCUGAGGACGUCUUUGAUUGGGGAGGAGUGGCCUAGUCCCAGAAACCGAUGUCAGUCUCCUCACGUGACUGAAAAACCCACUUGUCAUGAUAAGAACUGGAAUGAUUACAGCCACCAAGCUUUCGUCUGUGACCACCUGUCAGACCUCCUUGAGCUGCUUUUAGAGCCGGAACAACUCACCACCACCUUCCAUUCCACCCACAGCAGCCUCGUCUCUCGAGAAGCUGUUGUGGCACUCAGCUUUCUCAUUGAAGGUACAGUGAGCAGAGCUACAAAGGUAUAUCCAUUUCAUGAGCUUGCAUUGUCGCAGCCAUUGCACGCAGAAAGCGGCUUCUCGAAGAUCUCCAAGACCUUCUCUUUCUACAAGCUGGAAGCCUGGUUGAGAGCCCAUUUAACUGGGAAUCCAUUCGGUACAUCUGCUUGUCUCAAGUCUGGAAAGAAAUUGGCUUGGGCUCACCAAGUUGAAGGGACAACCAAAAGAGCUAAGAUUGCUUGUAAUACUCAUGUGGCCCCUAGGAUGCACCGCAUGGUGGUGAUGAGUCAGGUUUACAAGCAGACGCUGGCCAAGAGCUCAGAUACUCUUGUGGGCGCGCACGUAAAGAUCCAUCGGUGCAACGAAGCUUUCAUCUACCUGCUCUCUCCCUUACGAUCUGUGACAAUCGAGAAGUGCAGGAAUAGCACCUUUGUCCUGGGCCCUGUACAGACUGCUCUUCACCUCCACGGCUGUGACAACGUUAAAGUCAUUGCUGUCUGCCAUCGUUUGUCCAUCUCUUCCACAACAGGUUGCGUCUUUCACAUUCUGACGCCUACGCGCCCACUCAUUUUCUCUGGCAACCAGACAGUAACUUUUGCCCCUUUUCAUACCCAUUACCCAAUGCUGGAGGACCAUAUGGCCAGGACCGGCCUUGCUACAGUGCCUAACUACUGGGAUAAUCCGAUGGUUGUGUGCAGAGAGAGCAGCGACACGAGUGUCUUCCGGCUCUUACCACCUUGUGAAUUCUAUGUAUUUAUUAUUCCCUUUGAAAUGGAAGGGGACACAACAGAGAUACCUGGGGGUCUUCCGUCUGUAUACCAGAAAGCACUGGCUCAAAGAGAGCAGAAGAUACAGAUCUGGCAGAAAACUGUGAAGGAGGCUCGUUUGACAAAGGAUCAAAGGAAGCAGUUCCAGGUGCUCGUGGAGAACAAGUUUUAUGAAUGGCUGAUUAACACGGGGCAUCGCCAACAGCUGGACAGCCUCGUGCUCCCUGCAGCGGGCUCCAAACAGGCAGCAGGAUAGGACUCCUGAAUCGAAGCCCAGGGACUUUGGAAACACGAGGACGAAUAGGAGAUGGUACCCAUCUUGAAACUAAAUUGGGAAGAGAUGUUGUUUCUUGCUGCAUAGAGACUUUGGGGCUUUUUUCCCUCUUUUUUUCUUUCCUUGGUUUCUGUUCUGCACUCGUUUAUUACUGCUUAGGCUGAAUUGUAGCUGAAUUUCUGACUGUCACAUAAACAUGUUGUUUACAGAUCAUCAGAAGACUCAUCCUGUAAACCCAAAGUGAAGACAUCGGUGAAGGCAGUCCCUUUAUAUGUAUGUUAAUAUUAAAGUGAUUGAAUGUAGAUUUGCAAGUGUACUUCACAUUUUGAUGUGUAUGAAGGGUUUCAUCCUUUCUAUACGUACGUAAGAGUUUUACAGUUUUUUGUAACUAUUUAAAAGAUAAUUGCACUCCUUGUAAAAAAAUAAUUGGAAUGAAAAUAUGAUCUGUUGGUGUAUAAAUAUAGCAGAAAUAGUUUUAUAUGAAGAUAUUUUCGCCAUUAAAGUGUGAAAUGUAAUGAAAUUGUGUAAGAAGAAUCUAUUUUUUAUUUUCUGCUUCAGAUUUUCAGUACUCUAAAAAGUUAUUUUCUCCUUUUGAUAAAAAGGUAAAGCUUUACUUUUCAUUUUAGAAAAGGUUUCCAACAUCAUUCUUGAAGUUAUAUCAAAAUAAAGUUUACAUUUUGUUGGGAAAGCUCUCUCUGUUAAUAAUGUAAAGGAAAACAAUUAUCAAAGUAGUGAAUGAAUCUGAUUGCUGAUAAACAUUGCUUCAUAUGCUCACUGACCAUUUACUUAGUCAUUAUGUCAAAAAAGACUUGAUCUUUUAUUUCUGCAGUGAAAAUUAACCUUCAAAAUGUGUUUGUUAAUUCUAAUUCAGGUUUUCUUAGUUUUUAUUUUAAGAUGAAAUUCAAGCAAGCAGAGCAUUACCAAAUAAAGAAACACUGGAGUAAUGGAA